CGGCGGCAGGAGGGAGCGGCUCUGGUCGAGCGACAUAGACAGAGAGUGGAGGUGAGAGUGAGAGAGAGAGCGGCGGAGCGGACGGGUGGAUGACUCAGACAGACAGUCAGGAUGCGUGAAUACAAACUGGUUGUUUUAGGAUCAGGAGGAGUCGGCAAGUCAGCUCUGACUGUCCAGUUUGUUCAGGGAAUCUUUGUGGAGAAAUACGACCCAACGAUAGAGGAUUCCUACAGGAAGCAAGUCGAGGUUGAUGGACAGCAGUGUAUGUUGGAGAUCCUGGACACAGCAGGAACAGAGCAGUUCACAGCGAUGAGAGACCUGUACAUGAAGAACGGUCAGGGCUUCGCUCUGGUUUACUCCAUCACGGCUCAGUCGACCUUCAACGACCUUCAGGACCUCCGAGAGCAGAUCCUCAGAGUGAAGGACACCGAGGACGUUCCCAUGAUCCUGGUUGGAAAUAAGUGUGACCUGGAGGUGGAGCGUGUGGUGGCCAAAGAGUCAGGCAUCGGCCUUGCCCGCCAGUGGAACUCCUGCGCCUUCCUUGAGACUUCAGCCAAGAGCAAGAUCAACGUCAAUGAGAUCUUCUAUGACCUUGUGCGACAGAUUAACAGGAAGAGUCCAGUUCAAGGGAAAACUCGCAAAAAGUCCAACUGUCAGCUUCUCUAAUGACAGUUUUCUCCUUACCUGACCGACAACCAACCAACCAAUCACAGGACAUCUUCCAGCUGGCCACGCCCCUUUAACACAGCCAUGUCAUCAUCAACAUCAGCCACCUCUGACCUCUGUUCCCGUGACAACCACAUCUCCCAUUCCCUCACCAUACAGUCUCAGAGACUGUUGCCUUGGAAACAUUAAAACCAAACAUCAAAAGACUGCAGCGGCGGCGAUGAUGAUGAUGAUGAUGAUGAUGAUGAAGAUAAGGAUUCUGCUGUUGCAGGAAUGGGGGCUGUCCAAACUACGGUUCCCAUCAUGCUCUCUGCUAGGCCAUUUUGUGCUGGGGAGUGGCUUCUUGCUUUUACUUUUAAAUGUUUCUUUCCUUUCUUUAUCUUUUACUUAUUUUCCAGCAGCCCCGAGUCAUUCACACGCAAUUUGACCACUUUACUGUCAGCCAUGUUGUUGCCGCAGUGAUGUCACGGCUAACAUGGCUGACUCUGUGUGUGUGUGUGUGUGUGUGGCUCUGGUUUAACCUGUGGAUCAUUACAGUGAUUAUUAUUACAGUGGUUAUUAUUAUGAUUCUGUGUGAAAAGAUAUAAAAGUCAUUUAAUGUU